CCAACACCAUCAUCGCAUCGCGACUUUACCAGAACAUCCACCGCACGACGCACUGCGACCAAAGCACCGCAAAAGCACUCGAAAUCAACUUUUGGUAUCCACGCGACGCAGAUCCAGCCAUCAAAAUGCUUCUCGACGAAGACCCCGCCGCCCUCAUCUCACAAUGCACAUCACACUUCAAAAUCGCCAACGACACGGCAUCGCUCCUGCGCAUAUCCGACAGCCUCUCCACACUCUCCCAAUUCCGCUCGCAGCACCUCUCCUCCCUGCAAUCCUCGCUCGCGCAACUCUCACGGACACACCAAACACUUUCCGCGAACCACAACCACACGCUCUCGCAGCACAACCCAACGAACCACGCGGCCGAGAUCUUGCGGCUGGAUACAGAGAAGUUCAAGAUUGCGAAGCAGGCAAGUGAUUUGGAGAUUGAGGGCGAGAGGUUGCAGCAGGAGCGUGAGAGGCUCGCUGGAGUCGCACAAGAUCUGGAAGCAGAAGGCGUUGAAGGGGGUGAGAGGGAGAAGGCGGAGAGUGAGGAUGCUACGAUUCUGAAGCUCAAACUCUACCGCACACUCGGCAUCGACGUCGAAGCCGAUGCAACAACAGGCCAGUACAACAAAGCAGUUGUCCGAAAUGCAGCGAAGGGCGAUGUACACGUUGUCAACAUCGACCCCAAGUUCUCGCGGCACUUCUACACCAACUAUUUCUGGAGGACCAUGUAAGGCGUGCAUGAGAUAUGGGUGGUUCGCGGGUUGGGCUCGAUGCUGCAUGCCGAAUGUUUAGGUUUAUUUAAGAUACCUUUUGUUUAGCGGCGUUUGGGGGGGUUUGGUGGUACCAUGACGCAUAUCAAAUGAC